UCGUCUGAAACUCUCUCUCUGUGCAAACGACUCUCCUCUCAUGGCGACCUGUUUCUACCCUAGCUUGGCGGCGGAGGAUUUCAUCCAUCUGCCGGAGACCACGCCGCCAGACCAGAUCUCGCGGCCGUCGCGCCGCCGCCACCGGAAAUACCGCAUCAUCCCCGAGUUCUGGGGCGGCGAAAUCAUUGACCCGCGAUUUCAACGUCGCCUCCGUCUCUGUCCCCGGGAGACACCGCCGCAAGCGGUCCAGAGACGCGAUCGGCGACGAUCACUCGAGCGGCGAUCUCUUCUCGGUGAAUCAUGUUCCUCCCAAGAUGAGCAAGGCGUCGCCGUCUCUGGGGCACCAGGAUGCGUUCGAGAUCCAAGGGCACGAAUCGGAGAUCGACCGUUUGAUUUCCCAACAUGGUUUGGCGAGAAAAAUCAAGGAAAAGGACGAAGAGAUCGCGAAGAUGGGGAAAUUGAAUAGGCUUCUCCAAGAGCAAGUGAAUUCCCUGUUGUCGGAGAACCGCAUCUGGCGGGGCCUCGCCCAGGACAACGAGGCCGAAGCCGACUCCCUCCGUUCCACCCUCCAGCACCUCCUCGCCCGCGGCGGCGGCGGCGGCGGGGUCGACGACGCGGAGUCCUCCUGCUGGGGGAGCAACAACGAUCCCGGGAGGGAGGGAGCGGACGGCGGAGAUGCGGCGGCGGAACCGUGGAGCGUGCACCUGUAUCUGUCGCGGUGCGCGCGCACCCGCAUCUGUCCUUGUCGUCGUCGUCGUAACGGUCGGGAGGGCCCUGGGCUGGAAAUGUAAAUAGGAGAGAAAAUAGGGGCGAAAAUGGGAAAAACGAAAGAAUAUGGGGCAGGAAUGAAAUAGUCCCCCCCUUUUUUUG